CAGUCCCAAGUUAUCCAGUCAAGUUGUGAGAAGUGAAUUCAAGAUGACCAGGCUCACAAUUCUAGCAGGCUUAUGUCUGGUGAUAUGCCAGCUGGGAUCUGCCACCAAGAUGGAAUGUUACUUCACCAACUGGUCCCAGUACAGACCUGGUGAGGGGAAGUACCUGCCACAAGAUGUGGACCCCUUCCUGUGCACUACCCUGAUCUACGCUUUCUCCAUCAUCAACCAUAACAAUGAGCUGGUUACCUACGAGUGGAAUGAUGAAGUCCUCUACAAGUCUUUCAGUGCCCUGAAGACCAAAAAUCCUCAUCUGAAGACUCUGCUGGCUGUUGGUGGAUGGAACUUUGGUUCACAACAGUUCUCCAUCAUGGUGUCCUCUCCAGCCAACCGUCAGAAAUUCAUCCAGUCUACUAUCAAAUUCCUGAGGACUCAUGGAUUUGAUGGUCUGGAUCUGGACUGGGAGUACCCUGGUGCUCGUGGGAGUCCUCCAGAAGACAAACAGCGGUUCACUCUGCUCUGCAGGGAACUUGUUCAAGCCUACGCAGCUGAGGCCAAGUCCACCGGCAAUCCUCAGCUCAUGCUGACUGCUGCAGUGGCUGCUGGAAAGGGAACAAUUGACAAUGGAUAUGAGAUUGCUGAGAUUGCCAAGGAACUGGAUUUCAUCAAUGUGAUGACCUACGACUUCCAUGGAACUUGGGAGCAGUUCACUGGACACAACAGCCCACUGUACCGUGGAUCCCAGGACUUUGGUGACCUCAUCUACUUUAAUACUGACUUUGCCAUGAGAUACUGGAAAGAAAAUGGUGCCCCAGUGGAGAAGUUGAGGAUGGGAUUUGCUGCUUAUGGUCGUACCUUCCGUCUGACAUCAUCAAACACUGGCGUUGGAGCUCCAGCUAGUGGCCCUGCAUCAGCCGGACCAUUCACACGUGAAGCUGGAUUCUGGUCCUACUAUGAGAUCUGUGGCUUCCUGAAGGGCACCACCCUUCAGUGGAUUGAGGACCAGAUGGUUCCCUAUGCCACCAAGAACAAUGAGUGGGUGGGAUUUGACACAAGGGAGAGCUAUGAGAUCAAGGUGCGCUACCUGCAGGAGCAGAUGUUUGGUGGUGCCUUUGUGUGGGCCCUUGAUUUGGAUGACUUUGCGGGACGAUUCUGUGGAGAGGGCAGCCACCCUCUGCUGGCUCAUCUCCGCAAACUUCUUAAUAUUGAGCUGCCUCCACUGCCCCCCACCACCACCCCCAAACCUGGUGCUACCACCACUUCCCCUCCAACCACUACCACCACCACCACCACCCACGCCCCAGGACCUGGCUUCUGCAAUGGCAAACCAGACGGCCUGUACGCCAACUCAGAUGACAAGAGCAGUUUCUAUAUGUGCGCUGGUGGCAUCACCCACGUGAGCUCUUGUGGACCUGGAUCUAUCUUUGAUGACAGCUGCAAGUGCUGCAUCUGGCCCUGAGCCAUGUGUGGAGACAAUGUGCAUUACAAGUGAUGCAAAAGUCAUCUAUCAAGCAGACUGUUUAAGUUCUCUUGAAUGCAGUGCAAUCUAUACAAUCAUUUACGUAAAUGAGUCUGUCA